UUAAACGCUCAUAAGUGAAUUACAUUAACUCCUUCGUGCUCCAGCUAUCAUUCCUUUACAGACUGAGAAAUCAUUUAGGAUAAUCUAUAUGUAAAUGACAAUGACUCAACCAUUGGUUGAAAACCAAAAGUGUCUAAAGGAUCUUAAUUUACCAGUCAUUGAUUUCUUUAUUUGGGGAGGCCAUCCAUUCUCUUUCUUCAUCUUCCUGCUCUGAGGCACCUUUUUAAUAAAAGGGAGGAUCUGGGGGCAGUUUGCUACUAGAGCAGACUAUGGAAAUCCUCCAUAUGUAGUUAGGGUGUAAUUUAAAGGACUUCCUAUAAAUGGAUCUUUAUUAAUCCCAAGAGAUCUUCUUCAUGAUUUUUAGAAAGACGACUUUCCUGCCACUCUAUGUGCAAUGUGGCAUGUGUGUGUUAUGACUUAGAGUCAUGUUUUGGCCCGUGAAGCACAAAAUCCUUUCUGGAGCCAAGUUUUGUCGGUGCUACUACAUGCCCUUUACAUCCCACAUUCCUUAAUUGCUUCAGAACACUCGCCUGAUAGGUGAGCAGCCCUCACACCCUUAUGAGAGAGGUAAGGUCAUUGGUUAGUUUCCCCAGGAGUUUGGAUUGCUCUUCCACAUGAGGUGGCAGAGCCCUGGCCUGCCGGCAGAGAUAUGCCUUGAGGUCCGGACUGCUAGAGCGAGCUCUGUAAGAGGACUAAGGAGUGGGAGUCCAGCCCGGAGGCAGCUCUCCUGACUGCUGGGUAUUUUUCUCUGGAGUGUGUCAAGAGCAGGAAAUGUGACAACGUCAGUUAGGCAAUGGCAAGGUGAGUGUCCUCACAGACCAAGUGGAAGCACAAGGAGAAAAGAUUCGGGACCUGGAGGUGUGCCUGGAAGGACACCAGGUGAAACUCAAUGCCGCCGAAGAGAUGCUUCAACAGGAGCUGCUAAGUCGCACAUCUCUUGAGACCCAGAAGCUUGAUCUGAUGACUGAAGUUUCUGAGCUGAAACUCAAGCUGGUUGGCAUGGAGAAGGAGCAGAGAGAGCAGGAGGAGAAGCAGAGAAAAGCAGAGGAGUUACUGCAAGAGCUCAGGCACCUCAAAAUCAAGGUAGAAGAGUUGGAGAAUGAACGGAAUCAGUAUGAGUGGAAGCUGAAGGCCACUAAGGCUGAGGUAGCCCAGCUGCAAGAGCAGGUGGCCCUGAAGGAUGCAGAAAUUGAGCGCCUGCACAGCCAGCUCUCCCGGACCGCAGCCCUGCACAGCGACCACGCAGAAAAAGACCAAGAAAUUCAACGUCUGAAAAUGGGGAUGGAAACUUUGCUUGUUGCCAAUGAAGAUAAGGACCGUCGGAUAGAGGAGCUCACAGGGCUGUUAAACCAGUAUCGGAGGGUGAAGGAGAUUGUGAUGGCAACUCAAGGGCCUGCAGACAGAACUCUCUCAAUCAACGAAGAAGAACUCGAGGGAAGUUUCCGAAAGUGGAACAGUGCAAACAAAGGCCCUGACGAAUUACUUAAGCCAGAGAUGCCUCCAAGAUGUAGCUCUCCCACCGCGGGGCCACCUCCACUCCCACAGAAAUCACUGGAAACCAGGGCUCAGAAAAAGCUCUCAUGUAGUCUAGAAGACCUGAGAAGUGAACCUGUGGACAAGUGUGUCGAUGGGAACCAGCUCUCCCCAGUGAUAGAACCCAAGGACGGCCCUUUCCUGGCAGAGCACAAAUACCCCACAUUACCUGGGAAGCUUUCGGGAGCUACGCCCAAUGGAGAGGCUGCCAAGUCAACUCCCAUGGCCUCACAGCCCGACCCCACAGGGGGCAGCCUGCUCAGGCUGAAUCGUGGCCGGAGUGUCAGUGCCCCCGUCUUAGGAGACACAGAAAGUGGUUGGGACGACACUGCUCUGGCCAAUGACCUCUCAUCCACAUCAUCGGGCACUGACUCAAGCCCCCAGUCUCCCCUGACACCAGAUGGUAAACGGAGCCCCAAAGGCAUCAGGAAAUUCUGGGGAAAAAUCCGAAGAACUCAGUCAGGAAAUUUCAACACUGAUGCUCCGGGGAUGGCAGAGUUUCGACGCGGUGGGCUCCGGGCAACCGCAGGGCCAAGGCUUUCUAGGACCAGAGACUCCAAGGGUCAGAAAAGUGACGCCAGUGCCCCCUUUGCCCAGUGGAGCACAGAGCGUGUGUGUGCGUGGCUGGAGGACUUCGGCCUGGGUCAGUACGUGAUCUUUGCCAGGCAGUGGGUGACUUCUGGCCACACUUUACUGUCAGCUACCCCUCAGGACAUGGAAAAGGAGUUAGGAAUUAAGCAACCUCUGCACCGGAAGAAGCUGGUUUUAGCAGUGAAAGCCAUCAACACCAAGCAGGAGGAGAAGUCCGCACUGCUCGACCACAUCUGGGUGACACGUUGGCUUGAUGAUAUUGGCUUACCCCAAUACAAAGAUCAAUUUCAUGAAUCCAGAGUUGAUGGGCGAAUGCUACAAUAUCUGACUGUGAAUGAUCUCCUCUUCUUAAAAGUCACGAGCCAACUACAUCAUCUCAGCAUCAAGUGUGCCAUUCAUGUGCUACAUGUAAAUAAGUUCAACCCCCACUGCCUACACCGGCGGCCAGCUGACGAGAGUAACCUUUCUCCUUCAGAAGUUGUACAGUGGUCUAACCACAGGGUGAUGGAGUGGUUGCGAUCUGUGGACCUGGCGGAGUACGCGCCCAAUCUUCGUGGGAGUGGUGUCCAUGGAGGCCUCAUUAUCCUAGAGCCCCGCUUCACUGGGGACACCCUGGCUAUGCUUCUCAAUAUUCCACCGCAGAAGACGCUCCUCAGACGUCACCUAACCACCAAAUUCAAUGCCCUGAUUGGUCCUGAGGCUGAACAGGAAAAGCGAGAGAAAAUGGCCUCCCCGGCUUACACACCACUGACCACCACAGCCAAAGUCCGGCCAAGAAAACUGGGAUUUUCACAUUUUGGAAACAUAAGAAAAAAGAAAUUUGAUGAAUCGACAGACUACAUUUGCCCAAUGGAGCCCAGCGACAGUGCUGGUGACAGUCACAGGGUCUACAGUGGCUACCGGGCCCUCAGCCCCCUCGAUGCCCCUGAACUGGAUGGGCUGGACCAGAUGGCGCCUUCGGAAGGCACUGUGACGCAGAUAGGGCUCCUCUCCCAAGACAUUCACCGUCUCACGACUAUGCUGAGCCAGGACCAGCUGCUGAACGACUCUCGCCUGGCGGCUCCCAACCCUGAGGACUGGAGAUGACUUUCUUCAUGGCCAAGAGGCCAGAGAGGCACGUGUGGGGGCCCCAAGUCUCUGCUCCAAGGGGGGCUGGCACAGCCACCCGCAGAGUCCAGACGGGCUGGCAGGACAUCUUGGAACGUGGGUGCUGACAGGAGCGAGCAGAGUGGUGAACAGAUGUCAGGGGGUGGGCCCAGGGGGCCCCGUGUUUUCAACUGUACUGUGCUCUUCACCACAGCUUUUAUACCUUUUGUACUUUUAUACGUGGACUGCACCCCACUUCUGUGGGGAGGGCAGUGAGACAUCAGCACAGACUCGAUUCAAUGGCUCACGCUCUUCCCUGAGACAGUUGGGAGGUUCUUACACCAAAGGGAAAGGGCAAUGAGUUCAUAAAAGCUCUGCUGUUAAGAAAAUCCUGAAAACAA